CUCUCUCUCUCUCAGGGGUGUGUGUGUGUGUGUGGGGUGGGGGGGUGUUUGGAUGCUGAGAGUCAGAGGCGCGUCCCCGGUGGAGAAGUUGCACGCUGACUCGCUGGCCCGAGCCAGUGACACGCAUGCGCACACGCAGUCCAGCGGCACGGUGCACGCGGCGACCUAAACCGGGAGCAGAGCGCGAGCGGGAACCGGGAGAGAGGAUGCGUCCCGUGGAGGAAGAGGAGUGAGGAGAGCUGUGGAGUCUGAGAGAGAGAAAGAGAGAGAGUGGUUAGCCUUUCCAUCACUCUGUUUAAACUUCAGCACUCCUGUAGCUCCAGCUCCUCCUCCAGUCUGAUCUCCAGCUCUUCCACUGGAGCAGCAUCAUAAUCAUCAUCAUCACUGCUGAUUCAGGAUCUGAUUAAAGUCUGAUCACUUUGCUGCUGCUGCUGUCAUAAAACAGAGUUCUGACACUUCACUCAGGAGUUCUGCUCUGAUCCAGCUCUGAAAGCAGCUUCUGAACUUCUGAAGGGAAUGGAGCGUUAAACUGUGGAGCUGUGGAGCCCUCACUCCUGCCCCUCCAACCCCAGGCACCCAUCAUGGUGUACGGUCAGAUCCUGCACCACCGAGGUCCGGACGAGAGCUUCAUUAACCUGAAUGUGGGCGGCUAUAAGCAGAAGGUGGCUCGUGUGGUGUUGCAGAGAUUCCCGCACACGCGUCUCGGACAGCUGCUCUGCUGCCAUUCAGAGUCGGCCAUCUUGGAGCUCUGCGACGACUACAGUGGGGUGGAUCGUGAGUACUACUUUGAUCGGAACCCUCGUUUCUUCUGCUACGUGCUGAAUUUCUACCUCACAGGGAAGAUCCAUUUGAUGGAGGAACUUUGCGUGUUCAGCUUCAGCCAAGAGCUGGAGUACUGGGGCAUUAAGGAGUUGUACCUAGACACCUGUUGCAGCAACAAGUUCCAGGAACAGAAAGAGGGAGGAUGCGACCGGGACUGGAAUGAAGAUGAGCCACAAAACAUUAACGAGAGCUUUGACUCGUCCAUGGAAGAACUGUCAGCAAUCGACAAGGACAUGGAGAAAUUCGAUGGCACGUGGUGUUCGGAGAAGCGCAAGCAGCUCUGGCUGCGACUGGAGAAUCCAGCAUACUCACUAUCUUCCAAGUUCCUAGCUGUUAUUUCCUUGAGCGUGGUGCUGAUUAGCAUCAUAGCAAUGUGCAUUCACAGCAUGCCUGAGUUCCACCGGGUGGACUCCAAUGAGAAACCAAUAGAGGAUCCAGUGUUGAGUAUCUUUGAGACUAUUUGCAUCAUCUGGUUUACUUUUGAGUUCAUCAUCCGGUUGUUAGUCACGCCUUGCUUGCGCAAAUUCCUGAGCAACACCCUCAACAUCAUUGACUUUGUCUCCAUCGUCCCGUUUUAUGCCACGCUGGCGUUCGAGAAGGUGGACCCUGAGGAGAGCGAGGAGCUGGAGAAUGUCGGGAGGGUGGUCCAGAUCCUUCGCCUUAUGAGGAUCUUCAGAAUCUUAAAGUUGGCGCGCCAUUCCGUUGGCUUGCGAUCUCUUGGCGCCACUCUCCGGCACAGUUACCACGAGGUCGGACUCCUCCUCCUCUUUCUCUCAGUCGGAAUAUCCAUAUUUUCCGUGCUCAUCUAUUUUGUGGAAAAAGAGGAGGAUGAGUCGGAGCUCCAAACCAUCCCCGUCGGGUGGUGGUGGGCCACCAUCAGCAUGACCACAGUUGGGUAUGGGGACACGUAUCCCGUCACGCUUGCUGGGAAACUCAUCGGGACUCUUUGCAUCAUCUGUGGCCUGCUGGUGGUGGCUCUGCCCAUCACCAUCAUCUUUAACAAGUUUUCCAAAUACUACCAGAGACAGAAGGCUCUCGUCGAGUCGGACCCGUAUGGGUUUGAAGGGAAAGGGCCGAUCCCUGGGAUGCCUUUCUUCAACAUAAAGGAUUUGUACGCUCAGGGGGUCAACUCUCUAUUGGCCAGCAUGUCUUCCAGGAGCAGUGUGGCGAGUGAAGGGGAUGCCACAGAUGCCUCCAGCAUUCAGGACAUUGAGACAGUUUGCCCAGGAGGUCUCACUGAGACCAGAGACACAACAUGAAGGAAUAAGUUGUUGAAAAAUCUAAUGUACACAUUUCCCCCUUUUUGCCCAAAAUCUCGUCAAAUAGCUGAGGCAUGUUUGGUGUUUGAAGGUCUAGUUUUGUUCUGCAAAGCUAAUAAGUAACAGGCUAACUAGAACUAAAACCGGUAACACCUUACUUAGAUGGUCCAAUAUAGAUGCCUCAUAGAGACACAACUAACAUUUAUUACAAUUAAAUUUCUAUUAAAUGCAACCAAACUCUAAGCGGAAUGUAAAUGAUGUAUAAAGAUAUAGGUAUAAAGGUGUAGGGUUAGAGACUAUACAGAACCAAAACUAAAACACUCAGCUUAGAGUUUAGUUGCAUUGCAUAUACAGCUCCAAAACAUUAAGAGACCACUUCAGUAAAAUGAACUACAGACAACAUUUCAAAUGUUGUCAUUUAGAGCAUUUAUUUAGCAGAAAAUGAGAAAUGGCUGAAAUAACAAAAAAGAUGCAGAGCUUUUAGAUCUCAACUAAUGCAAAGAAAACAAGUUCAUAUUCAUAAAGUUCAGAAAGCAACAUUUGGAAUUUUGGAAUAACCCUGGUUUUUAAUGUUUUCUUCCACCAGUCUGACACACUGCUUUUGGAUAGCCUUAUGCCACUCCUGGUGUAAAAAUUCAAGCUGUUCAGCUUGGUCAGAUGGCUUGUGAUCAUCCAUCUUUCUCUUGAUUAUAUUCCAGAGGUUUUUAAUUUGGUAAAAUCAAAGAAACUCAUCAUUUUUAAGUGGUCUCAUUUUUUUCAAGAGCUGUAUAUUAAAUGGAACGUUAGUUGAACAUUAGAUGAGCAUCUACAAGACAUCUAUAAUGGACCAUCUAAAAAAGUGAAACCCUGGAAACUUGGUAGUGCACAGUGCAAACUAAUACCAGCAAAAUACCAGUAAUGGCAGUCAUCAUUAACCUCUUGAGACCCUGUGUCCUUAUAUGGGGACAUUGCAUUUGUACUUCUCUCCACCAUGAUACUUGAUUUUUUUUAAAACAUUGACCCUUUGGCCUCAUAUGGAGACACUGCCCGUACCAUCUUUUGGUCACAGGACAACAUUACUUUCAAUUGAUUGAAAAUAAGAUGGUGGGAAUCCCAGUCAAAAGUUUCUACAGCCAGUUUAGACAGGAACAUGGACCAGGUAAAAAUUCUCAUCCAGUUUUAUGUUUAAAACUACUUCAUUCACUUACUGUAGAAAGCUACAAUUUAGUUUUUGGACUAAAUGGGAUUCUUCUGCUCCCCAAAAUAAGUAUGGAUGACAGUGUCAGAAACCACAUGACCAACUGUAUGAAGACUUUGUAUUGUAUGACGAGAUGCUCAGCUUGGUCACUAACUUAUUCUUCCCUAACCUUGUGCAAUGCCUCUUAACACUCUCUGCUCCAGGGUACUGUACAAGCAUAGUAGCAUUAAAAUGCUUAAAAACAGUAAAGAGUAAACAGCAGCCAAUCACAAUGCAAGACAGACCUGCUCUUGGGAAACAAGACCCAAGGUUCCCAAACAAAAACAAAGAUGGUGAAGUGCUCAAAGAGAGUCUUUUGAGAACAUAUUUUCUGGGAUAUUGACCUUGGCUGCCUCUCACUGCUGGUUCAGUUGAGUAUGAAGCCUCUAAGGGAAUACCCACAGAAUCUAUCUCAACUGUGCUGGAAACACAGGGGCUGUGAGGCUGGACGGAAUAUAAUUCUUUCAUUUACUACUCUAGCAAAAUUCUCCAGUUUAGAAUGUUGGUCACGUCUUGUGUUUAUUUGCAUACAACACUGGGAUUUUGUCAGUUUUACAGGUCCUUCAACCGAACCCUGUGGAACUCCACUAUUCCUCAAAGUUUCUGCUUUAUGAUAAAUAGCUAAAUAAUACCAAAUCUAAGGUUUAAUAUGCUGCCAUGUAGACAUUGUAGUUCAUUAAGUCAUCUCUAAUCCUGUACAAUAAAAAUAAACCAAAAAACCCACACGCUAUCCCCAGUAAGUCCUACAAAUGGUUCUUUGAGUGAUGGCAUAGAAGAUCAUACAUUUUUGGUUCCAUAACGAAUCAUUGGGAAUGGUAAGAUUUGAGAAGUAGCAGGUGGUUCUUGGCCAAUGUCUAAAAAGAACUCUUUGAACAAAAAAAAAACUAAAGCACAAGCACCUAAACGAACCAAACUCAGGAAGAGAAGAAGGUUGUGUCAUAUGUAUUCUUUUAGACUGGUCCAAUUGGUGCUGUGCAGUGGAUAACUCAGCUCUCCCAAUGAGCUACCAAAUCAUGUGGGAGACUGCGGUAUUAGGUUCUAUUUUUCUGUUGUAUCAAAUACUUACAGUAUUUCAGGCAAUUGCUUUUAGAUUCUGUCUCUCACAGUUGAAGUGUACCUACGAUAAAGAUUACAGAAUGCUACAUUCUGUGUAGGUGGGAAAACUUGCAAAAUCUGCAGUGUAUCAAAUACUUUUUUUUCCCCAUUGUAUAUUUUGCCAUUGGUUUGACAUCACAAGGUCAAAUUUUGAGAAAGUUAUUCAUUACUUUUUUUUAAUUUGUCAGGUAUUUUUUUCUAGCAGGAUUUUGUCUCUUUCUUGGUCAGAUAUUAGUACUGUAUAUACAAAUUAAGCUUAGUAAAAUAAAAGUUAAGUAAACAUGGUGGUUAUACUUUAUUGUGCACCCUGAAAGCUUGAAGCUUGAAGAGUCACAUAUACAGUGUAGCAUCAUCCUCAUGACCCCCCCAGGUUAAAGCAGUCUCAACAAAAUUUGCCAACAUUUUCACUCAACCUCCUGAGACAUUAACUUUUGCUUGGUUUGAAUUUUUUUAUUUCUCCUAGUUAUUAUUAUUUGGAAUUAGUCAAACCUAGCAAGUAUAAAAACUGAACUUUGUCUUUGUAUAGGAAGUUUUUUGCAAAAGACAGUGUCCUCAUAUGGGCACA